AAAAUGUCGAAUGCUCCACCACCAUACACUGCUCAACCUCAGCCGUAUUAUGGAAAUGCCAACUAUGCCCCCCAGGGCAGCAACCCCUACCCAGCUCAAGGACCAUAUCCACAGGGAUAUUACAACCCAAAUCAGCCACAAGUAAUAUACGUCCAACAACCGGCUCCACGGCAACAACAACGCCAAUCCGACGACAAUUGCUGGCUCACCUCAAUCCUGGCCCUCUGCUGCGGAUGCCUGAUAGGAGAGGUGUGCUGUGAUAGCCCAAUGCUGUGCUGCGUCAUUCCAUGCCCGAUUCGUCUGCCGAGAUUCCGAUAAUUUUUGUUUUUUUUUCUGUUGAAACUAACAACGGGUAUUUCACUUAUAAACUUUGCCCCCACCA